AAGAAAAUUAAAAGAAAAAUGGUGUCGCUACAGUUAACUACAAUUGUUCCUGCAACAUCAAGAUUGCCAUCUCCUCCCAAUUAUGCCUUGUAUUCAACCACUGCACGAAAACGGACUGCGAAGGGACCGAAUGCAAUUACUGGGUGUUUUUCUUGUCCAACUAAGGCGUGUUUGGCGUCUUCCUCAGCUUUAGGAGAACAUGAAACUGAUUGGAAGAAAAGUGAAGCAAUACCCAAACACGUCGCUAUUAUCAUGGACGGAAAUGGAAGGUGGGCUAAAAAUAGAAUGUUGCCGGUCCAAGAUGGCCACCAAGCUGGUUUGCAGAACCUCACAGGCCUCAUUUUCAACUGUUGUGAGCUCGGAAUCAAGACUCUAACAACCUUCAUUUUCUCCGAGGAUAAUUGGAGACGAUCCAAAAUAGAAGUUGACUACCUGAUGAGAGCUAUUGAAAAUAACAUACGAUCACAUGUCAAGGAACUCAUAACAAGACAUAAUAUACAAUUUUUUGCGAUUGGGAACAAAUCAAGGCUGCCAGAAUCUCUUCAAAACACUAUAUCUUGGGCUGAAAAGAUGAGCCAAGGUAACAAAGGAAUGAAUGUGGUGAUGGCGGUUAGCUACAGCGGUCACGAUGACAUCGUAGAAGCAACCAAAAAGAUAGCGACCAAAGUAGAACUUGGGAUUCUACGAGUAACCGACAUCAACGAAACUAUGUUCGAACAAGAACUGAUGACCAACAUCGUCGAAUUCCCAAACCCAGAUUUACUGAUAAGGACAAGCGGUGAGCUCAGAAUUAGCAACUUUCUUUUAUGGCAAUUGGCAUAUACAGAGUUAUACUUUGCAGAUAAAUUUUUCCCUGAUUUUGGUGAAGAUGAUCUUCGCGAAGCUCUUGCUUCGUACCGAUGCAGGCAGAGGCGCUACGGCGAGCGGAGGAGUUAAUUCCGAUGGGAAAUAAUCUUGUUUUAAAUUGUCUUUUAUUUUAAGAAUAUUUAUUGUAAGUUCUUGUAUAUCCGGCUGCACCAUGUUGGUGCUUUCGUACUAAAUAAAUU